UAACUUUUUCUCAGAAGACUUGCAUGUUGCAUACAUGCAUAAAAAUACUCUUAAAUAUAAGAGUGACUUUAUGUUUAUUAUUAUUUACAGGAUAUUGUAUUAAAUUUUUAAAUAUUGACAUAUUUAAUUAUUAACCAUAAUGGCUCAAACAAGAGUAGAAAAGGUUGGAACUAUUUUUACAAGAGUAACAUCAUUAAUACGUGGAGGUGCAAUGUCUGAAUCAGAUAAACCAUUGUGGUAUAAGAUAUAUGAAGCAUUUCCACCUAAAUAUGAACCCAGUUAUGAAAGGAGUGUUCCAAAAGUGGAAUUAAAACAAAUCUUUUACAAAGAAGAUGUUAUACGAGCACGAUUUCACAAAGAUUGUAAAAAUCUAGGAAUGACAAAUUUAAAAAAUACAAAAUAUCUAUCACAAACAAGGAAAUUUCUUGAUGCAUAUAAUGAUUUAAUAAAGCUCAAAUUAUCUAAGGAGGAAGCUUAUAAACAAGCACUGGAAAAAUGUAAUUAUACAUCAACAAAUGUAGAAGAUCAAAACAAAAUUGAAAAUAAAUCAGAAGAAUAGUAAAUA